CGGCGGCGGCGGCGGCGGCGGCGGCUGCAGCAGCAACAAGUCGGGACUUUUAGAGUAAUGCAACAGAAGGCUUUUGAGGAAAGCAGAUAUCCCUGGCAGGAAUCCUUUGAGAAUGUUGCUGUGUGCCUGCCAUUCUGCUGCCCGAGGUGUGGAGACCAUACCAGAUUUAGAAGCUUGUCAUCCUUGAGGGCCCAUCUGGAAUUCAGUCACAGCUACGAAGAAAGAACCCUCUUGACAAAAUGCAGCCUCUUUCCAUCUCUCAAAGACACAGACCUUGUCACUUCCUCAGAACUCCUGAAACAGGGAAAAUUGCAGAGCGGUGGCAACGUGAUCAAGCAGAAACCGAGCUAUGUUAACUUGUAUAGCAUCUCACAUGAACACUCCAAGGACAGGAAGCCAUUUGAGGUGGUGGCAGAGAGGCCUGUGUCCUACAUGCAGACCUACACUGCAAUGGACUUACGUGCAGACUCGCUGGAUGGGCCACGGGCAAGUCCCGGACUUCCCACCUCAGACACCAAAGCUGCUUUUGAAGCACAUAUCAGAGAAAAAUUCAAUCGGAUGGUCGAGGCUGUGGAUAGAACCAUCGAGAAGAGAAUUGAUAAACUCACCAAAGAGUUGGCCCAGAAAACUGCCGAACUAUUGGAAGUCCGGGCAGCUUUUGUGCAGCUGACUCAGAAAAAGCAGGAAGUUCAGAGACGAGAGCGGGCCCUGAAUCGACAGGUGGACGUGGCCGUGGAAAUGAUAGCGGCACUGAGGCAGCGCCUGACAGAGUCGGAGGAGGAGCUUCUUAGGAAAGAGGAAGAAGUUGUUACAUUCAACCAUUUCCUGGAAGCAGCAGCUGAGAAGGAAGUUCAAGGGAAAGCUCGGCUCCAGGACUUUAUUGAGAAUCUGUUGCAACGGGUAGAACUGGCGGAAAAGCAGUUAGAGUACUAUCAACGCCAGCAGGUUUCCCGUUUCUGCCAUGACAUCAGUGAGCACGUGCUUGCAGAUAUCUCCACAAAUAGGAAACCCAAAUGCCUAGGCCGAGGGCACCCACAUUCCGUGUGUAACCACCCUGAUCUCAAGGCCCAUUUCCAUCCAAAGGGAAGGAGCUACCUGAAAAAAGCCAAGGAUGACAGAGCCAGCAUGCAGCCUGCCAAGUCCAUUCUCGAACAGGCCGAGUCAUCAAGAGAUCUCUGCAGACCGCCCAAGAAAGGGGAGGUCCUGGGGUUUAGUCGGAAAGGCAACCUCAGGCCCAGAAUGGCUAAAAAAAAGCCAACAGCGAUUGUGAACAUCAUCUAAGCUGGUGGGUGGCUCUGGACCAUCGUCACUGGGCUUUGGGGAACGUUAUU